GCUGUUAGCUGCUUCUGUAGCCAGCAGCAUUCAAACCUUGCAGGCUUUUGCUCUCUGAGAGCUUGUAAUAAGACACACGCCUCUUACAAGAGUUCAUGCUACAGCUUAACAAAGAAACUUACAUUGUUGGAAGAACAGUGUAUUCAUUUUGGCAUUGUGCAGAGCAAAGCAAACCCGGUGGACUCUUUUCCACCCCUCAAAAUGAUAGCAGUCAGCCUUGCGAUCCUCUUGUCCCUUUUCUGUGAAGCAAGUACCGUCGUCGUCUUACUCAAUUCCACUGAGUCAUCUCCGCCAACCAAUAAUUUCACUGAUACUGAAGGAGCCCUCCGCGCACCACUCCAGUCUGCGGAGAUCCCUAAAGCCAGGCGGAAGCGCUACAUUUCGCAGAAUGACAUGAUCGCCAUUCUUGAUUACCAUAAUCAAGUUCGGGGCAAAGUGUUCCCACCAGCAGCAAACAUGGAAUACAUGGUCUGGGAUGAAAAUCUUGCAAAAUCUGCUGAGGCAUGGGCAGCCACCUGCAUUUGGGAUCAUGGACCUUCGUAUUUGCUGAGAUUUUUGGGUCAAAAUCUAUCUGUACGAACUGGAAGAUAUCGCUCUAUUCUCCAGCUGGUCAAGCCAUGGUAUGACGAAGUGAAAGAUUAUGCCUUUCCUUACCCCCAGGAUUGCAACCCUCGCUGUCCUAUGCGAUGCUUUGGUCCCAUGUGCACUCAUUAUACACAGAUGGUUUGGGCCACUUCUAAUCGAAUAGGAUGUGCAAUUCACACUUGCCAAAAUAUGAAUGUCUGGGGAUCUGUAUGGCGACGUGCAGUGUACUUGGUCUGCAACUAUGCUCCAAAGGGUAACUGGAUUGGAGAAGCACCAUACAAAGUAGGAGUGCCAUGCUCAUCGUGUCCUCCGAGCUAUGGGGGAGCCUGUACUGACAAUCUGUGCUUUCCAGGAGUGACGUCAAACUACCUGUACUGGUUUAAAUAAGCUUAUCCUUUUUCCUCUGGGAGAUACAUUGGUUUUUGGACUCAUAAGCAUAUAUAUAUAUUGAAGUCUGAACAUAUUAUACAUAUUUUAUUAUAAUCUUGUUCUCAUUUUAAUGGUCAGUUGUCUGGUGUUUAUCUAGGGUGCUAAGUCUUAGAUACAAGCAAAACAUCAAUUUCUACUUUUCUGACCUUAAAUUUAAGUUAAAAUAUUGUAUAUGUAGUGAUGACAUAGUUGUUGCAUCCAAUUCCAAACCUGCAUUCCAGGGAAAUUAUGUUAUUGUGUCCCUAAGGAAUGAAAUGUAUGUUCAAGCUGUAAUAUGUGUGUAUUCAUAUGUAUACAUAUGUAUAUGUAUGCACACACAUAUGAUGUGUGAUGUGACACACACAAUAUGAUGUGAUAGUUAAUAAGGAAAAUGAAAAAUAUAUUUGGGUUUAUGGGACUCUUUCAGGAUCAUUUCUACAACACCCAAAAAAGGAUAAUUUGCAACUCAGUGAUAUUUGGAAAUAAUUUCUUCAAGCAAUCGUAGAGUUUGUUCUGGAGAUACUUUAUUUUAUUUGGGUCUACAAAAUGUAUUCUGGAUUUAUGGAAGUUUCCAUAACACACUUUUUGUGUAGUUUCUUUUUUUUUGAAUGAGUAAAUCUGUUGAGUAUUUACUUUGACUAAUUCACUUUGCUGGUUAUGUUCUGAUAAUGCAAAGAUGAUUACAUGUGAUUCCUGCCUUUGAGAAGAUGUCAGAGAGGUCCACAAAACAGCAGAGCCUAGUAAUUUGGCUAUAAUUUUUUUUUAGCUAAUUAUUUCUCAUAUAUCUGGAGGAACAGACAUAGUAACCACUUAUAGGUGGAAUGGACAGUAAGUACUGCUGUCUCACAUGUAAAGUAUCUGUUUCCCAGGAAACUCCAAUAUUUAAAUGAAAAAUGGAAGGUCUCAUAGUUAUAGUGCUGUGAAUAGACACCAGGGCCAAGGAAGCUUAUAAAAAGAUAGCAUUUAACUGGGGGGGGGGCUUGCUUACAGUUUCAGGGGGUUAGUCCAUGAUCAUCCUGGUGGGGAGAUGGAGGCAGGCAGUCAGGAGGCAUGACACUGGAACAGGAGCUGAGAGUUUAUACCCUGAUCUGCAGGCAGGAGGCAGGGAGAGUGAGACUGGGCCAGACCUGGGUUUUUAAAACAUCAAAGUCAACCCACAGUGACACACUUCCUCCAAUAAGGUAACACCCUCUCCAACAUGACCACACCUCCUAAUCUUUCCCAAAUAGUCCACCAAGCAAGACCCUGUACUCAAAUACAUGAAUCUAUGGGAGCCAUUACCAUUCAAAUCACCAAACCUCCUAAGAAUCAACAACUUCUCAGAGAUUUCUGAAGAAUAGGCUAGGCUGAAAACAAGAUCCUCAGAAUGCUGAGGAGGUCCAAGAGAAGUAAGAGGUAUGAAUAAUCACAUGAUUAGCAUGAUGGUACAAAAAGACCAGGCAGAAGGCUACAGAAAAGUUUAACGCAUCUUGGGACCCAUUAACAAAAGUUGAAGGGUUUUAUAAAGAAAUGUGUAGGGAUGAGGGCACAUUCAUCUCGUUUUCUCUGCUAUUAAUUGGAGAAGGUCAAUCUAUCUAUUAUCUUGAGCUUUUGAAUAUCAUAGUCAAGAUCCUCCAUAAAUACCACAUGUAGUCAAUUUUCUUAAUAUAGUCCCCCCUCGAUGGAUGUUUUUCAAAGAACUAAUUAUGAAACUUUAUUUUUAUAGAAGAGUAAUUUUCAGUUCCUCAUUAACUUUGUUUAUGAAAAUCAAGUAAAUCAUUGCAAAAACUUCUCUCAUGAGAUUAGGAAAUACACGUCUUAAUUUAUAAAAUCAUUUUCAGAGAGGACAAUACAAUAUCUGGGCCAAGACAUGGAGCAAAUUAUAUUUCAAAUGUGUGUGUGUGUGUUUGUGCGCAUACAUGUGAGCAUGAGUAUAGACUUACAGAGCAAGUAAACAUGGUCAUUUUAGAGAGCAAAUAACAGAAGAAAGUUACUUUUUAAAAUUCCAUACACAGCUGCAGUUUCUUAGGUGGAUGCAUUGAAAGAUGGCAGAUAGUUAAUUAGAUCCAUUCAAUGGGAGAAGAAUCCACCAUCUGGAUCCUGGGCCUACUUGCUGGCAAACAAAUGGUCUAAUUACUUUCAAACACUGACAAUUGGAACAAAAUGUUUUGUUAUUAAGUGACCCUGCCUUGUGGAAACAUAUAUGGGCCUUAUUUAAAUAAGUAUUUCAGGAAUGCAAUAGAGAACAGAAGUAUUAUAUAAUAUAGAGUUGAUCCAAUUUUCUUUUCUUUCUUUAAUUAUAUUUCCCUUGAGGAUGUCUCACAUAUCUCAGGUUGACCUUAGACUCACUAUGUCAUCCAGAAUGACCUGACUCCUGAUCCUCUUGCCUCUAACUCUCAAAUACUGGAUUUUCAGUGUGUGUCACCUGGCUAUUGGAAGGGAUUUCACUUUGAUGAUACCAGCUUGACUCACCCAAGAAUGUUUUCAUCCUUAAUGUUACUGAAGUAAAAAAAAGUAUAUAAACAGGAGUUUGUAGCUCUCAUUUCUAGGUUUCUUUCUAGCUUGCAUGGGUAAUUGAGUUUCUCAGAUUGAAGGCAUAAUAGCGAUAUUUGAUAUGUAGUUCACAGACUUACCCAUGAAUGUUAAUUCACCAUAUUAACAGAAAUAUAUGAAUAUUAAUAUAAUCACUGCCAGAACUUCUCUUUGGCAUGAACUCCAUGUGAUUCACUUUGUUUAUUAGAGUAUGUUAUUCAAUGGCAAUAGUUUAACAAAUGUUUAGUAAAGUGGAGUUUUCAGAAUUAGUUUAAAAGUCUAAGCCUGAAAAAGUUGAACCGAAUUCUGCUAUUCUAGUCUUUUAAAGACCCUAAAUCAUCUAAAAUACAAAGGUUUGAAUGUAAAAACCCUCAAAUAAACCAUCAAAGAUACGAAAUUGAAACUAAGGUUGACAGGCUUACAAAACAACUCUUUGAAAACUGCAACCAGAACCAGUAGCUUCUUCCUAACUUAAUAACUAAGCUGAAAAUACAACGGGUAUAUUUGUCAUUCUGUCUGUAAUUUUUAAUGUUGGUUAUAAAACGGCUAUGUAAAAUAUUUUCCUCCCUGGGCUAAUGCAAAUGAUAGUUUGCUUGUAUCAAUGUAGCAUCAUACAUUUUCACAGGGGUGCUAGGUGAAUGGGCUUGCACUGUAAUUCUCAGAGGCAGGACAGGCCUGGCUGUAAACUGUUUCAUACAGGCAGCUUUAAAUAGUCAGCAUAAAAGUUUUUAGUUUGAAAUUUUUCAUUAAAAAUAAUAUGACUGGCAGCAUUGAUGUCCCCUAGUGCUAUUUAUUUAGUAGUAAAGUAACAUUUUGCUACAAUACAAUUUUUUUUUUUUUGCCUUCACGGGGGAAAAACAACUAAAAUGAAAUCCACUAUUUUGCUACAAAAUUGAUGCACUACUUUCUAGGGAUGUAUGUGAACUGUGUAGGUGUGGUCUUAGCAUUCUUGUAAUGACAGAUCAGCUUGCUUUAAUAACAUAGAAGCUGAGGUUAUCAGUUCUAUUGUUUUUGCUUCGGGCAUCAUCACGGCUGUGGCCCGUUAAAGCUUUGGUAGAAGUUUUGACGGGCUCUGCUGUCACCAGCACUGAAUUCUAAUUUCUAUGCAGCCCUAGCACGAAGCAGACCACGAAGAAGGACAAGUCCAGCCAAUAAAGCCUAUUCUGAAUAUUUUAAUGGAAACAAUAUAUUUCCCAUACUUUUGUAUUAAAUAAACCCGCGGAGUCUACACUACUAAAUCCAGUGCAUAUUUAUACCACUUUAAGUGUUUUGAGUUUCUUCCUUGCUUGGUAAAUAAUGCAAAAUAAAUGGCUGAGCUGAAUAUUUUCCUGCAGGCAAAGCAAUGCUGAACCCCUGGGCUGUCUUUCCCCUUAGGUUUCACAGUAUCAUAGGAUGUGAAUCUUAACAUAGAUGGAAGGCUCUACCUACUGAAGUAUUUGGGGGGGGGGUAAAGUUAUAUUUCUGGUGGUUGCUAAUAUUGUCUUUGUUUUUAUGAAGGUUUUGCAUUGUUAUAUUUGUGGGUGAAGACAUUUAAAUGAAAAUGCCUUUUAAAAAUUGUGUCAUGGCUCAACUUCCAAAUGUAAAAUGUUGAUUAAAAUUGAGAAAGUUUAACAAUUCACUGGUUAAAGGUGCUGAAAAAUUACAAUCACCAUAUGGUUACAAUUUUGAGGUUUCUUUGAAACUACAGUUGUUAUUAUUAAGUAUGAACUACCAAUAUUUAUCUAUUCUGGUGCUGAAUAUAUGGUGCUAAAUGAAUUGUUAGUGUAAACAGUUUUAAAACUACUCCUUUUUAUCCACUAAAUUCUUGAUUCAGAAGUAAUAGCAAAAAUUCUAUCUUAUCUUCACUUCACCAAAGUAUGACAGUUGAGUCUGUUUCCUCUGUUUAACAAUACAAUGUUAUUACAUAUAAAUAUAUUUCAAAUAUAUUUUCUUUAGAAGUGAUUGGUUUCUUCAAGUGGGUAUUCUUUCCUUUGUGUGUGUGUGUGUGUGUGUGUGUGUGUGUGAGAGAGAGAGAGAGAGAGAGAGAGAGAGAGAGAGAGAGAGAGAGAGAGAGAGAGCGCUGAAAGUUAAGAUUACCCGUGUUAACCAUGCUGCAGGCCCUGGCGCCCUCUGGUGUUUCUAAAAACAAAUUUGUAGUGACUCAUAAACCUUUGGUAAAAGCCCUUUGUGCUUAGUGAAAAUUUGCCUUGCACUGUCCUGGAGUUUUUCUCCCUAAAUAUCCCAGCAUUAAAACCACAAUACAGCAAGCUGGACUCCAUGGACACCUUCCUUAGAGGUGGAGAAGCCAAUGCAUCCUUCAUUCAUUUACUUACUUCUUUUUUGACAUGAUUGUCUACUAUAAGGUGCUCAAGUUUUGGAUUUGUUUGUUUUUAGAAAACAAUUUAUUAUUGUGUCUUAUUUUAAGGAGUGGUUGUUUAAUUUAGCUUAGGGUAUAACAUAAAAGGAUAACAUUUAAAAUAGUCACUAGUUACAUUUAUAACAGAGUGGUCCACUUCCAUUCUGGUCUAUGACUUGAUGUGUUAUGCUUUUACACUAUUGAAGUAAUAACAUUUUAUUAUCAUUCUAAAGGUGAAAAUUAAGAUGCUAGUGUUUUGGUAGAUUUCAUAAGUUAUCUUAAAGUGUCAAAUAAAUUUACCUGAGGUUAUUUUCAAAUUUGUUAAAGCAAGGAGAACUCUUCAAUGAUCUAAAUCAUACACAAAGCUCCAAAGUACAAGAAACAUAAUAUGAACACACUCUCUCCAGAUCUAGUGCCCAGAAACUUUCUUUCCUGCCCCAGGAUUCCAUUAAACAAAAUAAUAAUACUCAGCUAAGUUAGUGAGCUAACUUACUCUAAAACAAUCAGCAAAUGAAAGAGCAAAAUUUGAAAGCCUAAAGUAUUUCUGGAGUUCUUUUAGAUAACCACUUUCUCUCUGAAUGUUCUGGCAACCUAUUAGUUCUGAAGGGAACCAAACACUGGGCUCAUUUUGUUCCUGGCUAAUUAUUACAGCAUUUGUGGUUUGUUAAUGUUUACGGUGGAUUUUGAUAACAUAAUAUGAAUUAAAUAAAGAUGGUGCAUACAUAUAUGAAGAGUGUGUUUUUAAAAAAAAUAUGUUACUCUUUCAAGUAUUUAUAUAAUCCUAAAAUUCAAUGUAUCAUUUCAGAAAUUUUAAGCAUUAAUUUGGAUGGUCAUAAUUCAUGAUGUAGUGCUGCAUUGGUAAAAAGGUGACCCUUUAUGUUGUGAAAUAUUGUUAUGAAUGGAUAUAUAUUUAACCUCUGUCCCUAAGAAACAUAGCAAAUGUAGCUUUUUUAGCCAUACUGUACUAUGUUUUCCAAUAAAAUAUUAUUAUUCAAUAUUUUGAUUUUGAAA